UGAAGAAAACGAACGACAAAACCCAAUAAGCAGCGAUCGAAGCUAACUAAAUAAAACACACAGAAGAGCGAAAGCUCUCAGACAUUCAAAUCUGAAAGCAAUACUAAAAACAAGUCACGAAGAUUGGAAUCGGAGCAGAAGCAGAAGCAGUAUUACUAAAGAAAUCGUUGGGCUCAAAAAAUCCCAAAACACUUGUUUUUCGGGCUUACACAAGCUUUUGGGUCCCGCUUCUCAUUGCCCCGCUUCUCUUCAUCUUCAAUUCGAAAAUUCGAAUCUGUUAUUGCUCUGUUCUCUCUAAGCUCCAAUCCAAAGUCCUUCCACUGAUCUCGAUUUGCUCCUACUCUGAAAAUUUCGGGAAUUCUCUCAACUUCAUAGCAUCUGAAUUGGGCGUGAAUUAAAUUAAAAAAAAAAUGCUGGGUUUUUUCUGCUCUGAUUCAGUUUCUUCUUCUUCUUACCCUCUCGUGAAGUUUAGUUGGUGAUUGGUUCUUCUGAUGGAUUGAUUUGGGUAUCUCCAAGCUAGGGUUUUUUAAUCUAUUCUGAUACUGAAUCAGCAGCCGAAGUUGAAUUUUGAGGUUCUUGGUUUUGGUGGUGUAAGCUGGUUAGUAGAUAAUGACCCCUAGGGUUUUGGUUUUGGGGAGAUGAGAUUUGGAUUUUGCAUUUCUACUCCUCCUAGAAUUACGAGUUCUGUAUCGUUUGGAGAAUGAUACUGUAGUGCCCUGUACUAAAAGCUUCAGCUUGAGUUCUUGAAAUGCUCCUGGAUUUGAGUUUGAGGAUAAACUAGAAGCUGAGAGGGUGCAUUUUGUUGUGCACUCCCUCUGACUGUGUCGUCUAGUUUCGUUUUAGAAGAAGCAGAAGAAGGAGAAAGAAGUAUGCAGCGUUUUCAAGAUCCUAGGAUUGAUCUAACUGAGCUGAAAGUGCAAAUUGUGAAGAAGAUUGGGGUUGAAAGAUCUAGAAGGUAUUUUUACUACUUGGGCAGGUUUCUGAGUCAGAAGCUUACCAAGAGUGAGUUUGAUAAGUCAUGUUGCCGUCUUUUGGGGAGGGAGAAUCUUUCUCUACACAACAAGUUGAUUCGUUCCAUCUUGAGAAAUGCAUCUCUGGCUAAAUCCCCACCUCCACUUCACCAAACUGGUCACCCUAACAAGUCUUUGGUGCUUGGGAAAGAGGAUGGACCUGAACAAAGCGGAUAUCUGAUCCCUAACCAUAAGAGGAAUGAUCCUGUUUGGUCUAAUGGGGUGUUAGCAGCCAAGGUUAGGUCUGGAAUAUGUGACAAGGAUAGGCCUAGUCCACUUGGCUUAAACGGAAAGGUUGAAAGUGUGUUGCAUCAGCCACUUUGUAGAGAAGACAAAAGCGGUCCUUUUGAUUAUCAAAGAUCAAGUCGAUACGGUGAUGAAAGAGACGGUGCAUUUCUUUGUCCUGCUGACAAAAUGAGGGUACCGGAUAAGGGUCAGGUUGCAGCUACAUGUAGCAGAGACGAUAAAGCUCAAGAGGAUCAAGGUAGAUUGAAUCUUUCCAUGUGUCCUGUGAUUGCACCUCUAGGGAUUCCAUUUUGCUCGGCUAGUGUCGGUGGGUCCCGCAGAACAGUUCCAAAUUCGACCAGCGCAGAUGUUAUCAGUUGCUAUGACAGUGGUGGAUUGGCAGAUACUGAGAUGCUGAGAAAGCGGAUGGAGAAUAUUGCAGUAGCACAGGGUCUUGGAGGGGUUUCAGCAGAGUGUUCUAGUAUGUUAAAUAACAUGUUGGACGUUUACCUGAAGAAACUGAUGAAAUCAUGCAUUGAUUUGGCUGGAGCUAGGUCCAUGAAUGGAACAACCAGAAAACAAAGUUUAGGCAAACAGCAGAGCCGAGACGAGAUUAUAAAUGGGUUGCACAUACAAACUAGCAACCAACCAUCUGACAUAACGCAAGAACAAGUUUCAGUGUCUUUGCUUGAUUUUAGAGUUGCCAUGGAGCUAAAUCCGCAUCAACUUGGUGAAGACUGGCCGUUGUUACGGGAGAGGAUUUCCAUAUAUUCAUUCGACGAACGAGAAGGGGUGUGAAAGAAAUGUUGGACACUGCAAUUUGUCUGAGUAAGCUCUCUGGUCCAAAAACUGGCCGCUGAUUUUCGUAGCAAAACGACUCUUAAGCUAUGCAUCCCCUGAUGGACCUCUGAUGGCUGAGCGACACAACUAUGUCCUGCAGCUGCAGACUCGGGGCAGGUUAGUAGAUAUAUAAAUGAAGCUAAGUCCGAAGAGCCGAGUUCGAAUAUAAAUGUAUACGUGUUGUUGUAAGAUCAAAAGUAAUUUGGCCAUCCCAGUGAGUUUCAAGCUUGGUGUGUAACACGCAGGCCGCUAAGGGAAUCAAGAGAAAGUUUUGGCCGAGAUAUUGUGGGUUUUAGGAAGGAAGAUACAAACAAUCAUGUAACAGUAUUGCUCUCUGUAUGUAACAUAGUCUUAGAAUUGUUUUAGAUUUCAUAUCUUGAGGACACAUUGACAUCACUUUUACAUUUACCUUACAUUUUUGUUUUAUCAUUUCAAUGGAAAAGUUAUUGCAAAUUCAA